CUCGGACCAGAAGCAAUAGAAAAGGCGAAUUCAACAAAUUCUCCCCUGUCUGCAUUCUGUGCAUCGCAUUCGACCAAUAUGAUGAAAAACAGGAGAACAAACACCCAACCGCUAGAAGACGCAUCUACGGCGCCCGCGACCUUCAAUGAUGGUCUUCCUUUACCGAAAUUAAUCGUCUUCGACCUAGACUAUACAUUGUGGCCGUUCUGGGUUGAUACGCACGUCAGCGCACCCAUCAAGCCUCGCGAUAACAAUUCGCGCUGCGUUGACAAAUGGAACGAAUCAUUCGCAUUCUACCCAGCCGUCUCUUCAAUUGUCUACUCCUGCAAGACUCGCUCGAUUCCCCUUGCGAUAGCUUCUCGCACGCAUGCUCCUGACUUAGCUCGCGAUAUGCUCAAGGCGCUUCAUAUUAUCCCGACAUUCUCGGACAAUCCUGCGGCGAAAACGAAGUCUGUUCGUGCCCUGGACUACUUUGACUAUGUCCAAAUCUUCCCCGCCACUAAAACACAACACUUUGCGAAAAUCCAGCAAGCCAGCGGGAUCACUUACGAGGAUAUGCUGUUCUUUGACGAUGAGGCACGCAACAGGAACGUCGAAACGGAAUUAGGGGUCACCUUCUGCUUGGUUAGAGAUGGUAUGACCAAGGAGGAGGUGGAUCGCGGUGUCUGGGCUUGGAGAAAGAGAAACGGAAUCAAGCCAGGGGCACAGAAGCAGGGUCACGAAGACGCUUAGGUAAAUAAGACGGUAUGAAACAUUCUGUAUAUAUAUGGCUUUUAUGCUGGGGAUGGCGUUGGGUUUGGAUGCAUUGCAUGACACCGCUAGAAUUUAGCUUCAAGAUACCCAGAGGGGACAAGAUCGCAUACUAGGUCAACC